AUGAAGAUAUUACAACUCUGUGUGUUCCUGCUAGAAAUCAAAGGGCUGUUCUGUCAGUACAUAGCAAACGAUGUAGUCAGCGACUAUGGGCAAGUGAAAGAAUUACUCCAGCAGUACUAUAGGAAAUUCGCACGAAAAGCCGGCAACGAUUACGAUCCCGCAGCCGUCAGGACCGAAGCCUCCACCAGGUUAUUCUAUGAUGGUACAGAGGCUACAGUAAACAGGCUGAUUUGGCCUGAAGUCUUCGAGAACGAUAUCAUCCUCACAUUACCACAAGCGGAAGCGCUUCUUAAGGAAGCAGCUGGCACUCGGAACAAGCGACAAGCAGCUACUGCGCCAUAUUCGUUCUGGCCGAAUCUGACAAUUUCAUAUGAAUUUGCGUACAACGACGGUGAGUUUCCCUGUACAGUUUUCAAGCAGCAUAACUGA